GAGAAGAAAGAAAGUGGCGAAGAGGUGGAAACCUGGGAGAGAGAAUUUAAUACGGCAGCUUUGUCGCUGGAGCUGAAACGGAAUGAGUCUGUUAUUGAGUCAGCAUUUUCUUUAGCAAUUGAAAGGAUGUUCCUUGUAUCCUUAAAGAAUAAAUAUGCAGAUGGCCAAGCGAUAGCCGUUAAACUUUCCAAACAAAUAACGCAGAGAACAAAUUCCAUUAAAACUACAAUAGCCAAGUAUAAUGCAUCACUAAAGUCUUUGGAAGAUUGGAUUGAAGGACUACCUAGAAAAAUUGAAUUCGACGAAGCAAAAGAUCCAAGGUCGCAACUUUAUUGUGAUUUUAACUUUCAAACAAAUAAAGAUACAGUACCGUUCACUGCUAAACGUUCUGCUAUUGAGUUGCAUAACUUUCUUGAAAGAUGCAAAGAGGAACAAGAGAUGUUAGAAAUGGAAACAGAAAGACUAGUACACUAUUACUUGGAUAAGAAACAAGAACUGGAGUCCUAUAUCAAUGUUAAUGGGGAAGUUCAGAGCAAAAUCUUGAGAGGAACUGUAGCAAAUUUUAAGAAAGAUCUAAUUAACAUAAAUAAUGCACUGUAUUCACUGAAACAUAUGUUAAAUGACUAUUUAACAGAAGCUAGUAAGAGUAAAUUACCAUUCUUCAAGAUAGAAGCAGAGCAUGCAUUAUCUAUUUUGCGUCCAACAAACAUAAUUGAGGAUACAUUAGAGAUUGAAACCAGUUCAGUUGAUAACGAGACUGACUGCGAAUCACUGCUUCAAUUUUCAGAUUUUGAAUCAGACACCGAGUUAGAAUAAUUCCAUAUACACACGUGUAUAUAUAUAUAAUUAUAAGUUAAUAGUGAACGCUUUCGCUAUAUGCAAAGCUCAACUUUAUAGGUUUGAGCGCUCUGGGGACUGUACAAAACAAUCCAUACAAUGUGUAACCAUACAUCCUGUGUCCCAAGUGCAGCAUUCACCAUUUUACUAGGGUGAUAGCUGGAGGUCACAUUGUUAUACACUUUAUGUAUAUGUAUAUAUAUAGGAAGUUUAUAUUUCUCUUUUGCAACAUAUUUUGAUAAUUGUUUUUAUAAUAAAGAAUUAAGUGCAGCAUCAGUUAAAAAAUUCCUUUUUUUCAGUGAUAGAAUUAAAUUUAUAUUUUAUAUAAUUAUAAUAUGGAUUACAAUAUUUCAUUCUAUUACCCUCUAAUACAUCUCCAUAGUAUUUACACAAAUUAUUUUUAUAAAUAAUAUAUAUUUUUUUAUUGAAAUUCAUUAGUUUCUUCAAAUUUUAAGUCCAGAAGUAUAUCUAGUUCUUUGUUAGUAAUUAGUUAUUAUCUGAAUCAUCAUACUCCAAUUCAAAUAUUAUAUAUUUUGAAAA